AUGACUAUUUUUAGGUCAUAUUUUGAUUGCUUUUUACCAGAACUCAGAGAUUUUAAUUACUAAUUAUGGGUGAAAGUUAUUGUAAUAUAUAAACUAGUUUUACCUAUAAUGUUUUUGAUCAUGUACAUGAUGUAUAGGGAGAAGUAUGAUGAAAAAAAUAAUCUAAUAAUUAUUUCAAAUAUAAUACUCUUAAUAAUUGGAAUAGAAAAUGGAAUUGGUGUUUUUAGUUGGGUGAUUUCAGAAACCUUUUCCCUUUAUAACAUAUUAUUUCUUAUUUUGUAAUGCAUUAUUAAGUUUUAAAAUGCAGCAUCAAAUACUAUUGAUAAAGAAACAACUAAUGAAAUACAUAUAUACAUUUUGUUUAGAAAUUUUAAUGAAAAAAUGUAUAUAUCGUUUAGUUGGUUAAACUUUGCAACUAUGAUACCAGCUAUCUUUAUGUUAUUACUUAUAACUAUUUGCACAUGCUAAAUAAAAUUAUUUCAGUCACUAAUCAAAAGAAAUAUACGUUACCAAGAAGAUGAGAUAUUUGAUGAAUAUAAUGGCGAAGAGGGUUUUGAAUGUUCAAUUUGUAUGGAGGAAUUAAAGUAGAUGGAAAAAUAUGUAGAGCUACCUUGCAAUCAUAUCUUUCAUUAUUAAUGUUUUGGUAAAUGGAGAAAUUACAAACAAUUAUGUCCUGUGUGUAGAAGAAAAAUUAAAAAUAAUGAAAUUAACAAACAAUUUCAACAGUCUAAAAAUUCAGAUGUUGAAAUUUGA